UAUCUUGAGUGUUUUCGAGCACCUCAGACCACGAGUUAUUGAGAGCCGACCAUUAUAAGAAGUACGUCUAAAAAAUGUGGCUUUAUUAUCUGUUGCUCACCGUCGGAGCAGCUAAAACAGUCUCUGGCCAGGAUUCCAAAGUUAGUAUUGCCGGCACCGGAACCAUUAGUAGAAACGGCAAGACCUCGCUAAACAUACAAGUUGAGAUAGAUGGACUAGGGCCAGGAAGCCCCGGUGCUGGAGUGGGAGGUCUGGGUGUCGGAGGGGGUGCCGCUGGUGCUGGAGUGGGAGAAAAGGCAAUCGGAAUGUUUUCUGACGAAGAACAAGCAGGUUUAGAGAAGCACAAUGCAUUCCGGAUGAUACACGACGCUCCGGACAUGACUUUAAACAAACAAAUGUGCGAGGAGGCGAAAGCAUAUGCCGAGCAACUCGCACAAAUGGGUACACUUACGCACUCUUCCAGUGGCGAUGGCGAAAACCUUUCCAUGGGAUGCUCCACCAACAAGGCGCAAACUAUGGAAGAAGCCGUGACAAACUGGUACAACGAGGUGUGUCAACCUGGAUACAAUUUCGACUCCGGCGGGUUUAGUGGUGGAACGGGCCAUUUCACGCAAGUCGUGUGGAAAGAAAGUACGGAACUUGGCAUUGGACGAGCCGAAACUCAACAAAGUGGCAUGAAGUGUGCAUAUAUCGUCGGAAGAUAUAGACCAGCAGGGAACAUGAUGGGAGAUUUUGCAAACAAUGUGGUGAAGGGAAGAUUUGACGCUAGCAGUUACUGUUCCUCAGUUUCAAAUCCAGGUUGGAAAAAGAAGUUCUUGGACAAGCAGGGGCGAGCAACGGCCACUAUCUUAACGAAGGAUUCAGAGCACGCUCAGAGAGUGAGCACUGGGUCUGCUGAGUUUCGGAAACAGCGUCUCGAGGUCUUGAAAAAGAAGAAAACUACUGUGGCCAAAAAAACAUGAUUAAUGGUUUGCCUAUGGAACUUGAAACGUGUAUGAUUAAUUUAAGAUAAAAUGAAUAAAGGUCAAACUGAGAUUUA